AUGCGCGCGCGUCGAGCGCCCGCGGCGCGCGUGACGCGCGCGAUUCGCGCGCGAGGCGACGCGGGAACGCGCGCGCGCGACGUCGCGCCGGGCGCGACGCGGCGCGGGGCGUCGGCGACGCCGCGGGCGACGCGACGGCCGAGCGCGAGGGAGACGCGGCCGGAGCUGUACGGCUUGGACGCCUCGUGGGACCCGCUGACGAGCGGCGAUCGGCGGGAGAGCGAGGAGUCGCGAACGCCGCUUCCAGAAACGCUGCCGAACGUGCGAUGGGGGACGAGCGCGAGCGAGGCGUACGAUUUGGUGAUUGUCGGGUGCGGACCGGCGGGGCUGACGGCGGCGGACGAGGCGAGCAAGCGCGGAUUGCGCGUGGCGUUGAUGGAUCCGUCGCCGCUCGCGCCGUGGAUGAAUAAUUACGGGGUGUGGUGCGACGAGUUUAAAUCGCUCGGGUUCGAUGAUUGCUAUCGCGCGGUGUGGAACAAGGCGCGAGUUAUUAUAGACGACGGCGACGCCGACGGGAAGAUGCUCGACCGCGCGUACGCGCAGGUGGAUCGGAAGAAGCUCAAGCAGAAGCUCAUCGCGCGCAGCGUGACGCAGGGCGUGGAGUUUGGUAUCGCCGCGGUCGAUAGCUGCGAUAACAGCGAUCCGAACCAUUCGGUGGUGACUUUGAGCGAUGGACGCAAGGUCUAUGCGAAGAUGGUUUUGGACGCCACUGGGCACUCUCGUAAGCUGGUGGACUUUGAUCGCGAUUUUACGCCGGGAUAUCAAGCCGCUUUCGGAAUCGUGUGCACAGUGGAGAAGCACGACUUUCCGUUGGACACGAUGCUGUUCAUGGACUGGCGAGACGAGCACUUGAGCCCAGAGUUUAAGCGAGCGAACGACAGGUUGCCGACGUUUUUGUACGCCAUGCCUUUCUCGGAAACUGAGGUGUUCCUCGAGGAAACGAGCUUGGUGGCACGACCUGGCUUAGAGUUUGACGACUUGAAGCUCAAGUUGAAGGAGCGUUUGGAUUAUUUGGGCGUGAAAGUAACCAAGGUACACGAAGAGGAGUAUUGUCUCAUUCCCAUGGGCGGCGUGUUGCCGACGUUUCCGCAACGCACGCUCGGCAUCGGUGGAACCGCCGGCAUGGUCCAUCCUAGCACUGGAUUUAUGGUCGCAAAGACGAUGUUAUGCGUUAGAACGCUCGUAGGCACGCUUGAUGAAGCCCUUAAGGCGGGUAAGCGAGGGGAUAUUACCGGCGCCCUGGAAGCGGCGGAGGCGGCGCAAAUGAACAACGGUAAAUUCGACGCCGACGCCACCGCGGCAUUAGUGUGGAACUCAAUUUGGCCGGAGAAUGAUUUGCGCAUGCGCACUUUCAUGUGCUUUGGAAUGGAGACUCUUAUGCAGCUCGAUAUCGAUGGAACGCGUCAAUUCUUUGACACGUUCUUCGACCUUCCCAAGGACGUCUGGGCUGGCUUUUUGAGCUGGCGAAUCCAGCCGGUGGGCUUGCUUUCGCUCGGGGUGAAUCUGUUCGCGUUGUUUUCGAACUACAUGCGAGUUAACUUUGUCAAAUCCGCUCUGCCUUUCAUGGGGUCGUUCUUCGCAAAC